UUUCACUCAAUUUCUCAGAAGCCUACGAUCCCUGCGAUUGGGUACGUAAUUAAAAGGAUUCCACGAAGUUUCUUUUCUUUUCUUUUUUUUUAUGAAAUAAACGAAGGAAAAAAAAAGAAAUUUAACACCGAGAAUGUACUCCUUCUUGUCGCCUUCUACGCUUCUUCCAGAGCAGCUGUGGUCCUGGCCAUGGCUGUGGCCCUGUGCAUUGUCAUUAUCAUGUCUUAGCUUGGCCGCACUUUUUUUACAUUCGUAUCUUUCCAACCCGCUUAUUGGCGGCCUCUUCUCUAUUCCUAAUGCUCUACCAAUAAUUGGCCAUCUGUAUCUCCUAGGCGACGAUCACGCAAGCGUCUGCGAAAAGCUAUGGCGGAAGUACAACAAAUCCGUCUUUCAAAUCCGGCUAGGAAACACAACCGCUGUGGUGGUCAACUCUUUCCAUGACGCUCGUCGAAUCCUCGUGUCGCAUCAAUCCGCACUCAUCGACCGGCCAACCCUGUACACCUUCCAUGGCGUGAUCUCAUCGACGCAGGGCUUCACCAUCGGGUCGAGCCCGUGGGAUGAUUCGACGCGCAACCGGCGUCGAGCAGCCGGUACGGUUCUCUCGAGACCGGCGAUCCGCUCAUAUCACGAUAUGUUCGACUUGGAGACAUAUGAUUUGAUUUCCGACACUUAUGCCGACGGCAAGGGGGGCAAAGAACUCGAGAUCAGACCGUAUAUCCAACGGUUAGCAUUGAAUACCACCCUGACACUCUGCUAUGGUAUUCGUAUGCGAGGCGUGUACGAUGAGCUCCUCCGGGAAAUCCUAGAAGUUGGCUCUGCCAUUUCCCUGCUUCGGUCCGCCUCGGAGAAUUACCAGGAUUAUAUCCCUAUUUUGCGGUAUCUGCCGGGAAACAAAAAAACGGAACGUGCAAAAUCAUUACGGAGGCGAAGGGACAAAUACUUAUCUUUUCUGCUCGACACUGUUCGAGACAGGAUUCAGAUGGGCACAGAUAAGCCAUGCGUGUCAGCUACCAUUCUCAAGGGAGAGGAAACCCGGCUGACUGACGUAGAAGUCUCAUCAAUCUGUCUGUCACUUGUAUCUGGUGGGUUCGAGACCAUUCCUGCCACCUUAACCAGCUGCAUCGGAAGUUUAGCUACGGAGGCAGGACAGAUCUUCCAGGAGCGAGCCUACGAGGAUAUCCGACGGUACUACUCAAAUCUGGACGAUAUCUUUCUAGAAUCCUUCGCGGAAGAAAAGGUACCAUAUGUGAACGCGCUUGUCAAAGAGGCGGAACGAUAUUAUACCGCCUCCGCAAUGAAUCUACCCCGAAAGACCACGGUGGAUAUCACCUGGGAUAACGGGGUGGUAAUUCCCGCCAAGACGAUGGUGUUGGUCAAUCUCCAAGCGGCGAACCAUGACGUGGAUCACUUCGGAGAUGACGCCGAUGUCUUUAACCCCGAGCGAUGGCUGGAAUAUCCAGAGAACAUCCCUGUCGAAAGAAGUAUCCAAGGAUUACCACAUAUGUCCUUCGGCGCUGGGGCGAGGGGCUGUUCAGGGCAAUUCGUUGCCAACCGCGUGAUUUAUACGGCAUUGGCACGCUUGCUGAGCAGCUACCGUGUUGUAGCGAGCGAGGAAUUCCCGCCGAAUACCCACUAUGCGGAUUACAAUGCCAUUAAGAGUGCUCUUGUGGCCAUUCCGAGAGACUUUAAGGUCAAGCUCAUUCCCAGAGAUGAGUCGGAGUUGCUCGCUUGUUUAAAGAGCGGGGCCAAAAGAACAGAAAAACACUAUGUUGUCUAAAUCCUGCGUAUAUCUUACGUAGAUAUAGAUUAAACAAUGUACGUACAGUACUCAAUAUGAGGAUCUGCUGCUCGGCGCGCCUCUCAGGCAGUUUGUGGGACGCUGAACCAGAGCGGCAUUUCAUUGUAUGAGUACGAGCUACCACCGUUGCUCUAAUUGCUACAGAUUUUUAAUCUACGUAUUUGAUUUCUGCAA